AUGGCAUUCACCAGUCGUACCAUUGUACGCCAAAAUUCAUUCACUCGGGCAUCUCGCCCAUGGGCACUUCUUCGUAACCAUGCUCAUUCCGAUCGUACCCUGCCAGUCAAGUCUCUCCCGAAACCUCAGAAACCUUUUUUAGAUGCUUAUGACGCAAAAAUAGUCGAGAAAGACUGGUAUGAAUGGUGGGAGAGCCAGGGGUUUUUUACAGCAAGUAGUGCAGACUAUUAUCCACCUUCUGGCAAGGAAAACCCGUUCACAAUGAUUACUCCCCCACCAAAUGUUACUGGGUCGUUGCAUAUUGGACAUGCCUUGACAGUUAGUGUUGAGGACGCUGUUGCACGUUGGCGCCGUAUGUCUGGAUAUGAUGUUCGCUGGAUACCAGGCACAGAUCAUGCUGGCAUUGGUACUCAGUCAGUGGUCGAGAAAAUGCUGAUGCGUGACCGUGGCUUGAGUCGCCAUGAUCUAGGACGCAAGGAAUUUGUGGACGAAGUAUGGGCAUGGCGACAAAAAUAUGGUGACAGAAUCUUACAUCAGAUGCGUCGAAUGGGCGCUUCGGUCGAUUGGGACAACCUUUUUUUUACUAUGGAUAAACCUCGCUAUGAGGCAGUGGAGAAUGCGUUUAUACGGCUCUACAAAGACGGGAUGAUAUAUCGUGACACACGCCUAGUAAACUGGUGUUGUGAAUUAGAAACUGUAAUCUCUGACAUUGAGGCAAGUUUAAUAAUUGUCGAUUACAAGGACAUUGAUGGUAGAACACUCCUUCAACUUCCUGGAAGAACAAAGGGAGUUGAAUUUGGUGUCUUACACCAUUUUUCUUACCCUAUUCACAACCCCGAUCCAAAUGGUAUCAAAGAAAUUACCGUCGCUACCACUCGUAUCGAGACUAUGCUAGGGGACUGUGCAGUGGCUAUUCACCCAAACGAUACACGCUACACGAGUCUUCAUGGCAAGCAAAUAUACCACCCAAUUCUCAAGAAAACACUGCCUAUUGUAUGUGAUGAGAGUCUUGUAGAAAUGGAGUUUGGUACAGGUGUUGUAAAGGUGACACCUGCGCACGAUCCAAAUGAUUAUGCUUGUGCAAAGCGCCAUGGAUUACCUAUCACAAGUAUGUUUGACAAACUUGGAAAACUCAAUCCUAGCUGCGGCAUUCCAUCUUUGGGAAAUGACCGAUUUGAGGCACGUGAUAUUGUGGUGGAUAUGCUGAAAGCCUCAGGGCACUAUAAGGGACGAGAUGACAAACAUGUGAUGCGUGUCGCUAUCUGUUCGCGCUCUGGGGAUGUUAUCGAACCUUUAUUACAGCCUCAAUGGUAUAUACGCUGUAAGGAGAUGGCCGAUAUGGCCAGAAAGCAGGUUGAGAGUGGAGAAAUGAACAUUAUGCCUAAACAUCAUGUUCAAGAGUGGUACCGGUGGUUAGAUUCGAUUCAAGACUGGUGUAUAUCUCGUCAACUAUGGUGGGGACAUGAAAUCCCUGCCUACAAAAUCAGAUUGAACACAAUCGAUAAGAAAGGCAAGACACAUUUUACAGAAUUUUGGGUGGUAGGAUCGACUGAAACAGAGGCACGGCAAGAGGCAAUUGCUUUAUUAGCAAAAGAAGGACUUGAAACAGAGAAUUUUGAUCUUGUUAAGGAUGACGACGUUUUGGACACUUGGUUCUCAUCUGGUCUCUUACCUUUGUCUGCUCUUGGGUGGAAGGGAAGGAUUGGUGAACCAAUUCCGGCACGCUAUCCGCUCCAACUAAUGGAGACAGGUUACGAUAUUCUAUUUUUUUGGGUUGCACGAAUGGCCAUGCUAGCCAGUCAUUUUACCAAGAAGCCUGCGUUUGAGGAUAUCUAUCUUCAUGCCAUGGUUAGAGAUGGCCAAGGAAGAAAGAUGUCAAAAUCACUUGGAAAUGUUAUAGAUCCACUCCAUGUAAUUGAAGGUGUAGACUUGGAAACUAUGAAGAAUAACUUGCUUGUGAGCAACCUGGCGCCUAAGGAGAUAACCACGAGCUCACUUAAUUUAGAGAAGGAAUAUCCAACUGGAAUUCCUGCAUGUGGAACAGAUUCGCUUCGAUUUGCAUUGGUAGCUUACACACAACAGACCCGACAAAUCAACCUAGAGAUGUCCAACGUGAUCCAAACAGCGCAUUUCUGCAAUAAGCUUUGGAAUCUAUUCAAGUUUGGAUUGGGUAGAUUAGGUCCAGCGGACGGAAGACCUAUGAGUCAACUAAGCCCGGCUGGACUUUCACUCGUAAAUCGCUACAUUCUAUCUCGUAUGGCCGAAACCGUUCGCCAAUGUCAAACUGGAUUCGAAUCAUACCGUCUUUUCGAUGCCACAGAUGCCCUUCGCCGAUUUAUAGUGGAAGACGUUUGUGAUGUUUAUGUUGAAUUUUCAAAAGCAGCACUCAACCGACCUAAGCAUGGGGAAGAUCAGGUAGAGACGUUGGAUACACGCACGAUCUUGCAUGCCUGUAUGGAUGUAUCUUUACGCUUAGCUCACCCCUUUAUGCCAUUUGUGACAGAGGAGCUAUGGCAACACUUGAAGCAUAAUAUCCCACCGAAAGAGCAAGCACUACAGUCCCCUACAUUAAUGUUGGAACAAUACCCUACCCCUAACCAGUUUGAGUGCUUUUAUGACAGUGAAGUUGAAAACCAUUUCAAAGUAGUGCUUUCUAUAAUUCACGCUUCCAGAUCAUUACGCCAGGGCCAUCAGAUAAGCGUAGCAAAGGAAUUACCAUUCACUAUUUUGUGCGAUAAUCCAGACUUAAUGGAUCCCAAAGGACCUCUUUAUCAGUAUUUGGAUGAGAUUAAGGGGUUCAUCAAGGCGUCUGAGCUCAAUUUGGUUUCAAGCGAUGUAUGUGAGCGUGAAAUUUGA